ACACUGAUGAGGUGUCAAACACUCCAACGGAUUGGGGAAACCUGACAGUUACCGCUAAACUGCUAGAAAAUGGAAGUCUGCCAAAAUCGUUGUUUUUGUUGACAUUCCUCUGCAAAGAUGAUCUACAAUUUCUACAUAUUCGAUAAGCAAGGCAAUCUCCUGUACUACCAAGAAUGGACGAGACUCAAGCAAUCAGGAAUUACGUGCGAAGAGGAGGCAAAAUUGAUGUACGGAAUGAUUUACUCAAUGAAGUCUUUCGUGAAUAAAAUCUCACCCACGGACAUGAAAGACGGCUACAUGCACUACAAGACCAACAAGAAUGCCCUGCACAUCCUAGAGACCUCCUCAGGACUCAAAUUCGUCAUGAACACUGACACAGCUUCGACGGGCAUUAAGGAGUUCAUGAAUCAGUUUUACUUGAAGAUAUGGCUGGAGUACGUUGUGAAGAAUCCCUUCUGCCUACCGGAGAAGCCUAUCGCGUCUGAGUUGUUUAAGGCCAAGUGCGACGAGUUCAUCAAGCAAUCGGCUUUCUACGGUGGCAUCAAGAGCAUCUAGGCUGAGUAUCUCUGUGAUAUCCACUCCUUGAUCGUGCUGAGGUGCAUCUGGCGAGCCACAGUCACGGAUUGGGGAUCCUGAAAGGGCGGAAUGUGAAAUGAUUCGAGCAGGAGAAUAAAGGAGAGACAUACAAGCAACUUA